AUGAAACUUCCCCGCUGGGCCUACAGCGUCGCGCGCACACACCGUAGGCAGCCUUCCCUCCCGCUCGCGACUCUUACUAGAUUAGCCCUUAGCACGCUCGAGACGAGUAUCACACGCCUACGCACGGCACAUCCUAGUGUGCCGCUCUACUCGGAGACGCAAGCGCACUUCUGGCUUGAGUAUAUGGGGCUCGGUUCCCCUAGCCAAUCUGGCCCAACCAAGGUAGUUUCCCGGGAGGCGUGGGGCCCGAACAACUUCGGGAUACUAGUCGCGCAGGGAGCGUAUGAUGUAUACGCGUGGGAAGCAAAGUACUCGGCGCAGCUGUGGCAGGCGAGUGAGGCGAGGAGGGAUGUUGUUGAGCCGGAUAUGGAUGGCGUGUGGAAGAUGGAGGAGACGGCGGGGGUCAAGGCGGAGGUGGGGGGGCGGCAGAGGGAUGUCUUUCUGGAGGAACUAGAGAGAGGGAUGGUGGGGACAGGGAGGAUUGAGGAGGGGAGGGCAAAUAGGUGGCUUAGGGAGGUCUUGGGGGUCAUGGAGCCAUACGUGAGGAUAUGGGAGGGUGUGUGGCCUGCUGCAGAGGAGGGGAGAGGGGAGGUGCUACGGCGGAUCUUGGUAGAUAAUGGGCAGCUCUUUGCAAGGUGGAAGCUUCCGCCGGGUUUGAAGGAGUUCAGUUUUGCGCUAGGUCCGAGGGAGUGGAAGUGA